AUGGCCUCCCAAGACCAGAACCGGGCCAACGUGCCCUUCUGGGACUUCAUCCAGUCCUUCGACCCGAACCGCGCCGCGGCCGCCGCCCCUGGCCAAGGCGUCGACCACCACGACGGCAACCCGCCCCCCUUCCCGCCCUUCAUGGCCGGCUUCGGCUUCCCUUGGGGCACCGGUCCCCGUGGCCAUCACCACGGCGGUCACGGCCCCCAUCCUCCUCCGCCUCCGCCACCGCCCGGCCACCACGGGCCUCCCCACCCUCACCACCCCCCUCCUCCUCCUCCUCCCGGCUCUGGCUGGGACAGCGACUGGGACUUUGAAUGGGGUCCCUGGUCGCAUGACGACGAGGGCCAGUGGCCCUGGGGCCGGCGCGGAGGACGUCAUAAUCAUCGCCACCACGGCCGCGGUCGUGGACACCCCGGCCGUGGACGCCGGCACGAGGGCAACACCGAAGGAGAUGCCCAGCAGCAGGACGAUGCCGCUGCCGCCCCUAUCGACGUUGAUGCUACCACCGCCACCGCCGAGCGCGCCGCUCCCGACGAGAAAGCCACCGGCUCCCCCGACACCAUGGACCAAGACUUCCCCGACCCAGCCGAGGUCACCCCCGACGAGGACGAGGCCUCGCCGCCUCCCUACGGCGGGCCGGGCGGACCGUCCCACGGCCGCCGCGGCCACGGACGCUGCCGUCGCGGCGGCGGCUUCGGACGCGGAGCCUGGGGCCGUGACCACCCCUGGGGAUGCCGCCGCGGCGGCGGGCGUCACCACGGCGCCUGGGGCGGCGUCGGCGGCAGCGCGCCGUUUGACUUCCAAGGCAUGAUGCGCGGCGUCAUGGGCCACCCGUUUUUCCAGAACGUGCGCGAGCAGGCCCAGCGCUAUUACACCGGCGCCGGCGCGGAUAGCAACAACAUGAACAACAACGGCGACGAGUCGUCCUCCUCCUCCUUCUCACCCCCCGUCGACGUCUUCAACACCACCGUCGCCUACGUCGUGCACGUGGCCCUCCCCGGCGCGCGCAAGGAGGACCUCGGCGUGACCUGGAACCCCGACCGCGGGACCCUCGACAUCGCGGGCGUCGUGCACCGCCCCGGCGACGAGUUCUUCCUCGAGACGCUCGCCUCGGCCGAGCGCCGCGUCGGCCUCUUUGAGCGCAGCGUCGCCCUGCCCCCCGCCGCCGCCGCCGGCGACUCCAACAACGCGCACCGCGAGGAGGCGGUCGUCGACGCGGACAACAUCACGGCCCGCAUGGAGGACGGCGUGCUCGUCGUCGUCGUGCCCAAGAUCGAGAAGGAGUGGACCGAGAUUCGCAAGGUCGACAUUGAGUGA